AUGGAGACCGGCGUGGGCGUGGACGCGGCCAGCGUCCUCAUGCUGCUCUCGCGGCGGCAACAAGAAGGCGGCGCGACGAGGACGGCGGGGGCUCGGCCUCGGCGCGUGUUCGAGUGCAAGACGUGCGGCAGGAGGUUCCCGACGUUCCAGGCGCUGGGCGGGCACCGCGCCAGCCACAGGCGCCCCAAGCCCUACCCCUACCCCAACGACGAACCGGGGCUACGCCGGGCGAGGCUGGAUGAGCCGCACGACGGCGAGUGCGCCCCGUGGCUGCACGGCUGCCCCACCUGCGGCCUCGAGUUCGCGGUCGGCCAGGCGCUAGGCGGGCACAUGCGUCGGCACCGGACUGCCGCAGCCGGCUCCGAAUGUGAACUCCGCUCUUGGGACGCGAACGCGACGUCGGUUGAGAAAGCCGACGUUGGCGCUGGCUGUGGUGCCAGUGGAAUCUGUUUGGACUUGAGCCUGGCGCCGUCGGAGAACUGCGCCAAGUGCCGGAAUAACGCUGUGUUCGGCAUCACAGACGACCAUGGCGUACGGAAAUCACAGAUAUUGGACUGCCCUCCUCUUUGA